CAUGUUCAUUUAAAUCUCAAUGUAUGUAGAAAGUCAUAACGGACAAUUAUUUAAGAACAGAGGGGGUAUAAGUUUUUUCUUCAUGUUACAUUUAUGAUAGGCAUGCACAUCUUGAUGAUCCUGGGAGGACCGAAUGGGAAGGUUUUCCUUCUGGGACACGAGCAGCCGCUGCUGGUGGCUUGACAACAUUGAUUGACAUGCCUCUUAACAGUUUCCCAUCAACAGUUUCAGAAGAAACUUUGAAGCUUAAGGUUGAGGCUGCUAAAGGGAGAAUCUAUGUUGACGUGGGUUUCUGGGGAGGUUUGGUUCCAGAAAAUGCAUUCAAUGCAAGUGCUUUGCAGAGUCUCUUAAGUGCUGGAGCCCUUGGCUUGAAGUCUUUCAUGUGCCCUUCAGGUAUCAAUGACUUUCCUAUGACAAAUUCAUCCCAUAUUAAGGAAGGACUAGCUAUGCUGGCAAAGUACAAAAGGCCUCUACUUGUACAUGCAGAACUGGAACAAGAGCUUGAGAUUGAGUUUGACCUUAAAGAUGAUGCCAGGGAUGUUAGAUCUUACUCAACAUACCUUAAGACAAGGCCUGCAUCAUGGGAAGAAGCCGCAGUCAGAGAGCUCUUAACUAUAACAAAAGACACUAGGGAUGGUGGGUCUGCUGAGGGUGCUCAUCUCCAUAUUGUUCAUUUAUCUGAUGCAGGUUCUUCUUUACAAUUGAUUAAGGAAGCGAAAAAGAACGGUGAUAGUGUGAGUGUCGAAACCUGCCCACAUUAUCUAGCUUUUGCCGCUGAAGAAAUCCCCUAUGGCGAUACACGUUUCAAGUGUGCUCCACCUAUCCGGGACUCAACCAACAGAGAUGAAUUAUGGGCUGCUCUCUUGGAUGGAAGCAUAGACAUGUUAAGCUCAGACCAUUCGCCUUCUGAGCCAGCACUUAAGCUCUUAAGAGAGGGAAAUUUCUUGAAAGCAUGGGGUGGCAUAUCUUCUUUGCAGUUUGUUCUUCCUGUAACAUGGACAUAUGGGAAGAAACAUGGAGUCACUUUUGAAGAGAUGGUUUCAUGGUGGAGUGAGAAGCCUGCUAAGCUUGCUGGUCUUAACUCAAAGGGAUCUAUUGUUAGCGGCAAAGAUGCAGACAUUGUAAUUUGGCAACCAGAAACGGAAUUCGAUUUGGAUGAUAAUCAUCCUAUCCACCUCAAGCAUCCUAGUAUCUCUGCAUAUUUGGGGUCGAGGCUUUCCGGGAAGGUUUUAGCGACAUUCGUACGAGGAAAUAUUGUUUUCCGAGAGGGAAAACAUGCCCCCAAUGCUUGUGGUGUACCCAUUCUUGCAACAUAAAGUUGAACACUGCUAAAGUCACCCCAACUCUCACCCCACCUUUCACCCCGACCUUCUAACAUACAUCAACUGGCAUUGAACAAUAACAUGUGUCUGUGGACGUGUGUUAAAAGGUGGGGUCAAAACGCGGGAUGGAAGGUGGGGUACCCAUAGCGUGGUCGUAUAGUCACAAACUGAAUUCUUGCAUAUUCAAAUGACACUUCUUGUGGUAAAAAACUCAUUGUUAUUUGGCCCCGGCGCCAACUAUCUCCAAAAACGAUAAAACCGUCCCUAAUCCAGAGUAUACCUCCUGGACCAUCGUUGACACACAGAUCCGCGCCUGCCUCCUAGCGGUCAUCAGCCCCUCCGUUCACAAACAUGCUCGCGGCUUCACCACAUCUGCUGCCCUCUGGGAUGCUUUGGCCGCACGGUACAACUCCGUGUCCACCGCUCAUGUUUAUCAGCUUCGGGACAAACUCCACACUCUUCGUAAAGGUACCAAAACUAUGACACAAUACCUUGAUGAUGUGGCAACUAUUCUCUCGGAUCUCGAUGCCUUGAAAGAAGAGAUCCCUGAACGUGAUGUGGUGAAUGCUGUUAUUCGUGGUCUUCCCACCGAAUACUCAUCCUUUAAGCAAAACAUUC